AUGCCGAAAGUCGCGGUACCACGGAACUCAAAGCCGGAGUCCUAUGUGAGAUUCUAUGGAAGCGAAGAAUUAUCCACCGACGGCAGAGUUCUUUUCUGCAAAAUAUGCGUUCGAGAAGUUCGAGCCACGAGAAAGUUCUCUGUGAGUCAACACGUAUCAAGAAUCAAGCACAAGGCAUCGCUGCACAAGAAGAAAGCGUCGAGCUCGUCAAGGGUUGCUCAAUUCCUCAAAGCCUCCGGGAAAAACUCCCAGUUCAACCCCGAACUAUGUGGAGCCCUCCUGUCAGCCGGGAUUCCUCUCCGGAAAUUGGAUAACGAGAAACUUAGAGAAUUCUUAGUGAAGCAUUGCCGUCAACCGGUUCCCUCGUCGGUCAAUCUAAGACUCAACUACAUAAGGACGAUCUACGACGGUAAACUAGAGUUCAUACGGAGCUGCGUUGCUCAGAAACCCGUGUGGAUUACCUCGGGCGAAACCACGGAUGCGACCGGGCGUUAUGUGGCGUACACGAUCGUGGGAACGCUUGCCUGUAUGGACCCCAGGAGUUUUCUCCUUCAUGCUGAGUGCUUGGAGAAGACUAAUAGCUCCACGAUCGCGCAAGCCUUCAUGAAUUCGUGGAUGAAGUUAUGGCCGGGUGGAAUAGAACACGAGAAAGUUCUCCUCUUCGUCACGGACGGAGCAGCGUACAUUAAGAAAGCCGCCGCAGCUCUGAAGAUCCUGUUCCCAAAGAUGGUGCACGUCACUUGUGCUGCCCAUGGCAUUCUUCGAAUAGCGCAAGAUAUGAGGUCAAUGUUCCCGGACGUGGAUAAAGUGGUUUCGACUGGGACGGAAAUAUUCCCAAAAUCUGCAGCUCGAGUGACAAUAUUCCACGAGUUCGCGCCUAACACUCCUCUUCCACCGGAGCCAGUCCUCACUCGGUGGGGAACCUGGAUCCGAGCUGCGGUCUAUAAUGCGGGCUAUUUCGAUUCCGUGGGUGCUGUUGUUGAAGCACCAGAUGCGAAGGAAGCGGCAAGUUUCCUGGCUGCUCAGCAGAUUCUGAAGAAGGAUAGCCUCCGACGAGACCUCAGCUUGAUCAAGGCCCAAUUCGGUGGCCUUCCUGGGGCAAAAGAGAGACUGGAAGGGAGAGGCACUCCACUUGUCGAGAGUACCGCCGUAUUCGACGGUAUUGUACUAGACUUCGCAUACAAGAAGGGAAACGGAAAGAAGGCAGAAGCAUACAUUCUGCUAUCUACCUGCGCCGUCUCCAGAGCCAUAGCUCUGUUCCUCUCGAAAGAUCCCUCGACGCACGAGGUGUAUCAGUCGAUGACUGUCGGAUAA